AUGCCUUCCCCCACAUCAUCUGCACCAUCCACACCAUCAACAUCAUCAAAUUCUCUAUUUUCGAGUUUUUAUUCUAAACCGUUUUGGAUGGGUUCAUUGUUUGGUGCUAGUGUUUUAUCCCUGGGAUUUCUCAUCGGUUGUUUCUAUCAGUCCAAAAGAAACAAGAAAGAUAUUUUGGAAUUAAAGACUCUCAUGCAAGCCUUACAGAAAAAUCAACAAGAACCAAUAUUGAAUCAAAAACGAAUUUCUUCUAAUUUAUCGGAAUGUGUGGUAGGAAAUCCUGGUGAUGAAAUGGCAUUAGCAGUUGAAGAUCCUAAUAGACAACCAUCACCAGGACAACUCAACACUUAUCAACGAUUGUAUCACAAGCCAAAAAGAAUUUUUUUAAUUCGUCACGGUGAGAGUGAGGGUAAUAUUGACCCAAAUGUGUAUGCUGUAAAACCAGAUAAUAAGAUUGAAUUAACAGAAUUGGGAAUGCAACAAGCCGAUGAAGCUGGAAAGAAAUUGAAACAAAUUAUUGGUGAUGAAAGUGUGUGUUUUUUCAUCAGUCCAUACAAACGUUCUGUACAAACAUUCGAAAUGAUAGCUAAGCAUUUUGGAGGAAAAGAAAAUGUUUAUUAUAAAGAGGAUCCUAGAUUGAGAGAACAAGAUUUUGGUAAUUUUCAAGAUCCUGCAGAUAUCAAAAUUAGACAAGAAGAAAGAAGGAGAUUUGGAAGUUUUUAUUAUCGCUUUCCUCAAGGUGAGAGUGGAAGUGAUGUUUUUUGUAGGGUUAGUUCAUUCUGUGGAAGCAUGUUGCGAAGUAUGGAAGAACAUCGGCAACCUUUUGAUAACUAUGUAUUAAUAUCACAUGGCUUGACAUGCCGUCUAUUCUUAAUGAGAUAUUAUCAUUGGUCUGUUGAUACAUUUCAUGCUUUGUGGAAUUUAAGUAACUGUCAGGUUGUGACCAUGGAAUUGCAAGAAAAUGGAAAAUACAAAAUAAGAGAAAAGUUAAAAAUUGAUGAUGAAAACUUGCUUCCCACCAGUGAUUUUGCAGAAGUGAAAGAAAGUGCAAAAUAA